CCUCCUCCUCCUCCACCUCCUCCUCCUCCUCCACCUUCUCCUCCACCUCCUAAUCCUCCUCCUGCAACAUCAUCUCCUCCUCCUCCUCCGCCUCCUCCUCCUCCGCCACCUUGUCAUCCUCUGCUGUCGCCACCCCCCUAUCCUCCGCCACCUCCUCCUCCUCCUCCACCACUGCCACCUCCUCCGCCACCUCCUCCUCCUCCUCCGCCACCUCCUCCUCCUCAGCUGCCAUCUCCUCCUCUUCCACUGCUGCUACCCCCUCCUCCUCUGCCGCCACCUCCGUUUCCACUGCCGCCAUGUCCUCCUCCGCCACCACCUCUUCCUCUUCCACUGCUGCCACCUCCUCCUCCUCCGCCGCCACCUCCUCCUCCUCCUCCACCUCCGUCACUUCCUCCUCCUCUGCCACCUCCUCCUCUUCCACUGCCACCACUCCGUCCUCCUCAACCGCCUCCUCCUUCUCCACUGCCUCCACCUCCUCCUUCAUAGCCACCUCCUCCUCCUCUGCUUCCAACUCCUCUUCCUCAACCGUCGCCACCACCUCCUCCUCUGCCACCUCGUCUUCCACUGCUGCCAUGUCGUCCUCCAGUGCCACCUCUUUGUUUUCCACCACCACCGCCACGUUGUCCUCCGCUACCACCUCCUCCUCUUUCGUCACCACCUCCUAUUCCUCUGCCACCUCCUCCUCCUCCUCAGCCAUCACCUCCUACUCCUGUUCCACUGCCGCCACUUCCUCCUCUUCUGCCACCUACUCCUCCUCUGCUGCCACCUCCAGUUCCACUGCCGCCAUGUCCUCCUCUGCCGCCACCUCUUCCUCUUCCACCGCCACCUACUCCUCCUCCUCCUCCAUCGCCACCUCCUCCUCCUCCUUCACUGCCAGCUCCUCCUUCUCCUCCACCGCCACCGCCACCGCCACCUCUUCCACCACCACCACCUCCUCCUCGACCACCUCCUCCUCCUCUGCCACCUCCUCUUCCUCCACCGCCACCUCCUCCUCCUUCACAGUUGCCACUUCCUCCUCCUCCUCCGCCACCACCACCUCCUCCUCCUCUGCAGCCACCUCCUCCUCUGAAGCCACCUCCUCCUCUUCUGCCACUUCCUCCUCCUCCACAACCUCCUCCUCCUCCGCCGCCACCUCCGCCGCCACCUCCUCUUCCAUUGCCACCACCACCGCUUCCACCACUGUCACAUCGACUACCUCCUCCUCUGCCACCACCUCCUCCUCCUCCUCCGCCUCCUCCUCCUACGCGACCUCCUCCUUCUGCGCUGCCGCCACCACCUAUGCCUCCUCAGCCUCCUCCUCCUCCUCCUCCUCCACCACCUGCUCGUCCUCCUACGCCACCACCUCUUCCACUGGCACCACCACAUCCUCCUCCUCCCCCUCCACCGCUACCUCCUCUUCCUCGGCUGCCACCUCCUCCUCCUCCGCCACCUCCUCCUCCUCCUCCGCUGCUGCCUCUUCCGCUGCCACCGCCUCCUCCUCUGCCUCCGCUGCCACCUCCUCCACCGCCGCCCCCUCCUCCUCCUCCUCCUCCGCCUCAUCCUCAGUCGCCCCCACUUCAUCUUCCUCCACCGCCACCUCCUCCACCACCACCACCACCUCCUCCUCUGCCUCCUCUGCCCCCACCUCCUCCUCCUUCAUCGCCACCUCUUCCUACUCUACAGCCACCACCUCCUCCUUUGCCGCCACCUCCUCCUCCUAAUCGACUAUCUUCUCCUAUGCCGCCUCCUCCUCCACAUCCUCCUCCUCCACCACCACCACCUCCUCCUCCUCCACCACCACCAUCUACUUCUCCUCCAUCACCACAUCCUCCUCGGCAGCCACCAGCCCCUCCUCGUAAGCCGCCACCUUCUCCGCAACUGCCUCCUCCUCCGCCAAUACCUCCUCCUCCUUUUUCAUCGCCACCUCUUCCUCCUCUGCCACAACCUCCUCCUCCUCUGCCGACACCUCCUCCUCCUCUGCCGCCUCUUCCUCCUCCUCCGCCACCU